AUGGCGACUCUCUCACACCAGUUUUUACCAAACUUACAGGUGUGUUGUCUCUUGCAGGUGUGUACGAGGUUGGACCAGCGUCUACACGCCGCAGCGGUCAAGGGUGACGUGGAGGAGGCGGUGAAGGUUCUCGACACUGGCCGAGUACACGUCGACUGUUCUGACAGGGAUGGGACGACACCCUUAAUACUGACUGCUGCAAAUGGCCACGUGGACCUGGUGAAGGAGCUACUAGAACAGGGAGCUGAACCCAAUGCUACCAGACACACUGGGACUGGUGCUCUGUUCUUCGCUGCCCAGGGUGGCUUUCUGGACAUUGUAACAUUGUUGCUGGACCAAGGAUGCAAGAUCAACCAGGCCUCAAAGGAUGGAGGGACGGCUCUGAUAGUGGCAGCACAGUGUGGCCACAUGGAUGUGGUAAUAGAGCUGCUGCGGCGGGGAGCUGACCCUCACAGUGCUAUGAAGGAUAAAGCCACUGCUGUCUUUGUUGCUGCACAGAAUGGUCAUACGAGUGUUGUGCGGACACUGUUGGCUGCAGGUGCUAAGGCUAAUGUAAGGCGGAUGGACGGUGCCAGCCCACUGUGGAUUGCCUCGCAGAUGGGUCACCAGGGUGUUGUGCGUCUUCUGCUGAGUCAUGGUGUCAACCCCGACGUCACCAGACAUGAUGGGGCUACACCACUGUUUAAAGCAGCUCACAAGGGUCAUGUGGAGGUGGUACACGAGCUUCUUCCCUUCAAGCCUUGCCUUGGACUUCUUAAGAAUGGAGAGUCUGCUUUGCAUGCAGCGGCCUUAUAUGGCCAUCUCCGGGUGCUGCGAGUGUUGGUACAAGCUGGUGCUGAUCCAGGCCUUAAAAAUGAUCAAGGACUCACGCCAAUUCAGAUCGCUGCUCAGGCUCGUCACUAUGAAGCCGUCCAGCUACUAAAGGAAGCUUUAACCAAGAGAAAAGAGAUGGGUCAGGUGACGCCCAAGACUUCGCCUGGCCCACGCUCCCCACGCCUGGUGCAGAGCAUGUCAGGCACUGUGGUCAGCUCAGGGGUCCAGAGCCAAAGUAGCAGCCGUGGUUCAUCCAGGAACAGUUCCUUGGGUACAAUAGUAGAAACUAGCCCAGUGUUGCCCCGCUCUGUUAGCUCACCAAGCAACUCCAAACCUGCCCAGUAUGUGUCGUGUGAGCUGAGUAACAUUGUAGAUGGCGGGGCGCGUCCUAGAGCAACUCUGGCCACGGGAUCCUGCACAUCCGUUGGUGGACGGACCCCCUCCUCUUCCAACCCUUCACCUUCUCCGAGCAUCUCCAGUGAACCCCCACAGUCAAUGAUCGCUGCACUGCAGAAGGCCCCUCGUCACUCCUCUCAUGCAGACGUCAGCAGUGUUAAAAAUAUAUUCCGCAGAACACUUGCUUCGUUUAGGCGCUCUAGUAUAGUAAAAAGAAAUGACAAGCCGCCUGAACCAUGACGACCUUCCAUGUGCUUUUGACUUCUCUUUUUUGUUUACUUGUUUGCUUUCCAAACUGUACGACAUUUUCAGUACAAAUGCCUAAUAAGUCACUGGUGAUACUAGGAUAGGUUUACUAAUACCCAGGUGUACUCCAUGUGAAGUGAGUUAACAGGAGAUUAAUACAAGUUGGUGGAAGGAACGAGAAGUUUCAAAAGCCAAGUGGUAAUUGUUCUGAAACAUUAAUAGUCUUGAUAUUGCUGAGUUGCCAACACACAGUCACCACAUGGCAGGAGGAGGAAGGGUGGACAAACCCUUUGCAUUCUAAGUUUCAGUAAUAUUUAGUAUAGAUACUUUAUCAUCAACUAUGCAAGGUAAAUCAUAUCACUAAUCACUUUAAACUAGAUGUUUUAGUCUGCCUGAUUUCACCAGAACAUUUUAUAGUUUUGUUGGUUCUUUUAGCGUUCUUGCCAGUCCUCUGUGUGUAGGGGUGUUAGUGUGCCCUCCUCCGCAGCAUUACAUAUUGUGGAGUGGGCAGCCUGGUGGAUGUUCAUACAGUAAGUAACACUCCAAUUUAACACCUCGUGAGGAUGAAGAUCGUCAACUUGCUGCCUUUAAACUUAUAUGAAUAUUGUUUUUAACACUUUUAUAGAUGAAACUUGUUUGUCACUUAUAAAUGCUGAGUCUGUGUAUGAACAGUAAAUUAUUUGUUGAUGAGACUGAUCCUGAUGUGAGUAACUGACUGAUGUGGGACUUAAGACAUUACUUAUGUUGUUUUUCUCACUCAGAUAGAUGGUACCUGUAGAGUAUAGCCACCUACCUACUGUGACACUGGUAAUGUUGACCUCCCUGUAUCAUUCACUCAGUACUGCAGGACAUGUGAGUGGACAAUGGGGGUGGUGACUCAUUCACUAUGGCUGAGGAGGAGGAGGUUUUAAGUGUAAGGUGGGUUAUUGAAGCUUUUUUUAUUCUGCCCAAGGACCUGAGAUAACAACUCUAAAAAGGCAGACAGUUUAACCCAGUGUUCAUGUAGCUUCCAUUGGUGCUGUUGACAAGGAGUGUGUGAGUGUGUAGGUACAUGAGCACUUAUAUUUGAUGGUUAUACAGGCAUCAUCUACUGGAGUGAGGACAGUCUCAUUGUCAAGUUUCUGUCCCUUCCCAACCAUAAAAUGACUUUUUUUAUUAUUAUUAUUAUAUGAAAAUGUGUGAGAGAGCACAAUGUUGUAGAUGUAUUGUGAUAAGCCAGGCGGUAAUGUUAUGGGUGAUGUUUGAAGGAUUAUCUGAGGAGAGGAAGUACGGUAUGUCUUGCAGAAAAGUUUAACUCAAUGGUUCAGUUGGAAUAUGACAAUAAUCUUAAAAAAAAAAAAAAAAAAAUUAUACAUGAUGAUAACUACUUUUGAACUUGUGGGUGGGUCUGUAAGGUACUGUACUUUACUAGGGAAUAUGUUCAUCCUCAACUGUUUAUUCAUUGUGCAUACGGGUUAUCUGUGUCGAGAUUAUCCAUGAAGUGGAAUACUAUAUAUGGGUGUAAAUUUGUACUUAGAGAUAUAGGGGAUGUACACACACACACACACACACACACACACACACACACACACACACACACACACUGAAACCAAAAUGAAGUAUAAUUUUCUAACAUGUCAUUAUUUUAUAUUGACUAACAUACAGUAUGGGAGUACUGUACAGUACUUGUAUUUUUGUGCUUGUCAAAAAUUUUAGUGAAGGUCAGUCUGCUAGUGGAAAUAUAUAUGUGCCGGGUAACUGAUUACAGUAUUUACUAUACAUACAAAAGACUGCUGUUAUCCUUAGUACAGUACAUUCAUAAGAAUAUUUACUCGUGAUCAGAAAAGUGAGAAAUGAGUGAUAUGUUGUUCCCCCUGGAGGAGGCACAUCUCCCAUCUGCUGUGGUAAUUACUGAUACAGGUACCAGUGUCAUCAGGUGCUCUCUCGUCUGGUGCAUGGAUCUGUAGACCAUAUGUUAGAAGGAAGAAAUUCUAUUGAGAUCUCAAGUUAUACUGUUAAGAGUAUUAGAGAAGGUUAUAUUAGUUUGUGUCAUUUGCUGUUAUAUAUGACUUAGCACUGAAGCUUGCCAUGGGAAGUAACAUUACCUUUGGAUGUAUAUUAUGAGAACAAAUUUGAUCACAGUGUUAGGAGAUCCUUAUGAUUUGAUUCAGACAGUUAAACUAUAAGAACAAGACAUGUUAUGUUUGUACACACUUGUUGGGCAUAUUUUCAUCUAUCUCUCUACCUGCUUAUCCUCUUCAAUCCUGAUCAAUUAACUAGCCAGUCAAGCAGUCCGUCUGUUUCUGUUAUAUACUGUUCGCAAAUACUGGACAUGUCUUGAAUGUACCUGAACAUGUGCUAAUGUUAGUCAAGUCUGGUCUUAAAGGAACUCACAGAUGAUGCUAUCACAAUAUUCCACAACUCUUGCUCACUGGAAUAACAUAUAUAGAUCACUUAAAUCUCACUACUGUACUUUUCACCACUAAGAUUACCUGAUGAGGGUCGUCAAUCCCAUCUGCUUAUGUCUGUACUGACUUGAGGAGGGGAAGAGCCUAACUAUUUAUACUUGACAUAAGCAGUAUGAAGAUCCUCAUACCGGUAGUUGCCUUGGUUUUGGUGUAAGAAGAGUCAAAGGUUAAGUUCCCAGCUAUUAGAGGCAAGAGUUGGUGUCUGUCUUGGGUACAGUGUAGUUAGUCAUAUAUUGUGACUGAGUUGUGAUGCAUUACUUAACAGUCCUAUAAUUAUCAAAAGGUUUGGGAACAAACAACGUAUGUCUGAGGUUGUCUACAGUAACUUGUGGGAGAUAAUGUAAAAUAAAUUCCUAAAUUAAUUUUAAUGACAACAUGGUAUGUUUUGAUAUACCUUAGCUUAAGAAUGAAAUACAUUAUUAUAAGAUUUUUCACUAAUUUUCUUAUUAAUAGUUUUAAACAAAAUUGUUGGAAAUACCUUACAAUUUUAAGGUGAUUUUAGAUGUACAGUGCAGAAGUGUACCAGCAAACAUGGCAGGUGUUGUAAGGUUACUAGAUAAGUCAACUAUAUUACCAUGUUUCACUCAGCUCUCUGGUGGUGAGUGUGUUAUUACUAAAUCUUUUAACAUAAGGUAUUGUUAUUACAUAGAACAGAAGUUCUCAUGCCAUUAUGAGAAGGUGAAUCAAGCAACUAAGUUAGUAGGUCUUAUAAGAAGGUCGUUCAGAUAUCUAAAUGAUCCGUCCCUCGUAACACUCUUCAAGAGUGAAGAGCUUCCCCGUCUGGAGUACUAUCACCCUCUCAGGUUCCUGAGUUAUGCUAGAGACUAAGUUGAUCAAAAAUCUCCAAAGGAGGGCCACCAGACUGGUGCCUGCACCAAGGCACCUCAGUUCCCCAGAAAGAUUAGAAAACCUGCAACUUUCUAGCUUGUACUAUAGAUAGGAAAGGGAUGACCUAAUUGAAGUUUAAAAACAUCUCAGAGGGAACUACUCAGUUGAGUAUCUAUACCUGGAGCUGGCAGACGCUCACCCCACAAGGGGUCACAGCUCAAGAUUGAAUAAGCCACAAGUUCAGAAAACUGUGAAGGCAAACUUUUUCGGAGUGAUAAUUAUGAAUUGUUGGAACAAUCUGCCAGAGAGUGUUAAGAAGGUUGUUCAGAUAUCUCAUGGUCUGUCCCUCUAAACGCUCUUCAAGAGUGAGGUGCUGACCCCAUCUGGUUCCCAAGAUAUGCUAGGGACUGUCAGUUGAUUGAAAAUGUCCAAAGGAGGGCCACCAGACUGAUGCAUGCACCAUGGCACCUCAGUUACCUAGAGAAAUUAGAGCGCCUGCAACUGUCUACUUUAUACUAUAGACAGGCAAGGGGUGACCAAAUUGAAUUGUAUAAACAUCUCAAAGGGUUCUAUCCAUUUGAGUGCCCGUGCCUGGAGCUGGUGGACGCCUGCCCCACAAGGGGUUACAGCUCCAGAUUGAAGAAGCCACAAGUACAGAAAACUGAGAAGGCAAACUUUUACGGAGUGAGAAUUGGGAAUUGUUGGAACAAUCUGCCAGAAAGUGUUUUGAUGGCACCGAGUGUGAGGUCUUUCAAAACUAGACUUGACCAGCACUGGUGCAGGUACAGAUACAUUCUGGAGCCAGUAGUACAUGCCCAGUACUUGCAUUUAGUGUGUAACAAAGAUGUGAGUGACUGCCCAAGUAGCUAACGAACUGAUUGGUGGCAAAGAGGAUAAAAGUAAAAGUAUAUGUUACUGUACUCAGAUUUUAUGAUGGUAAUGUAAUUUAUAAACUAGACACAGUACAGUGCUUUGUUUAUAACCCAUGAAGUGCAGUGCAUCUCUUUAAGUAAUUUUUAAUUCUUCUUGAAAACGAGCAUCGAUAUUGAUGCCUUUUUAUUUUCAAUUGCCUGCCAUCAUACAUCACACUCAGAGGUUGGAUUUUUAUUAUGUCAUAGCCUGAAUCAACCAAUAAACAAGUAGAUAGGACAAAAUGUGCAAGAUUUGGUUACAUUUUUAGGCAUCUACUUCAAAUCACAUAUGCAUGGGUAGAAGUGAGGGAGACAUGAUGUCUAUUGGAACCAUUGGAUGACUUGAAUUGUGAACUGUGAAUAAUUUUUUUUUAUUGGUGAGAAUCUUUGACAUUCAUUGUACAGUAUUAUGGUUUGUGAUGAUAAUAAUUGUGGUUCAGAUAUAAGUGAAGGUGACUGAAACAUGGAGUGAUGAAGGUGAUGGAUAGGUUGGGGAAAAUGAGACAAAUUGAGAGUGAAGGUAUGAGACAGGUGUAACGACCCUCUGGGCAUGAGUAAUGACCCAGAAGAUAUAUCCUGUGGGUAAUUCUUCUACUUCUUGUACAUAAUGUUAUUGGAGAGUACAGUACUCUCUUCAUUACAUGUACUAUAUCACUUAUGGUUGGUGUAGUGUGGAUGGUGAGUAUAGUGCUAUCCAUGUAUGCAGUCUGACAUGCUUUCAUUCAGCAUGUUGUCACAUAACUAAUGAUCACAAGUUUUUAUUCUUAUUUUGUGAGGCCUUUCUCGACUAAAUUAAGUUAUUAUUUACCAUAAAAAUAACAGAAAUACAUAAUAUAUAAAUUCAUAGAACUAAACAGCUCAAAAGUAGAAAGUGGCUUGGGCAAAAAGUUUAACACUGAUUCUUUACACCAUUUGUUUUCCAUUACAUAACUAAUGUAUGAUACCAAACACUUGUGGAAUAAGUUAGGAAUAAACGAGAUAAAAAUACUUUUUGAGUACUUGUCAGAAUGCGCUCAAAGCCCGCUGCACUUCAUGUCAAUAUUUAAGAGGAUGUAAACAAUGAGUGUGGAAAAUUCUUACUUAUAGACUUUUCCUCUUGCUGUGUACACUUCCCUAGCAACAUUCUCCCCUACUGUUUCCAUUCUCUGUGAAGCUCUGCUACCAUUGAUUCAUUCCAUAUAGAACUGGGAGAGGAAUAAGAAAUAAAAGGUGCCAGUAGAUAGAGUAAUCAUAUGAAAAAAUAUGGAGCUUCACUCAACAUUGUGGGAUUGAAAAGUUUCAAAUGAAAUAUAAAAUUGAGAUUAUUAGGUAAGUAAUAUUACAUCCAACUGACCUCUGUAAAUUGAAAGGCAAUAUUAGGUGUAUGAGUGAGGAAUUCUUAUUUUAUGUAUACUUUAUCGUGUAAUUAAAAGUUAAGUGUAGGACUGAAAUCAUAAUGUGGUGAAAUAAACGUCAUAGGAACACUUAUGUCAUAGGGUAAUGUAUGCGAAGUUGAACUGGCACAAGGUAAUACAGUACAAUACUCUCAUACAAACUGGACCAUUCACACACUCACCACAUAAACAAAUCAGGACUCAGUAAAUAACUUAUGAGAACUACAAUAUGAAAAUAAAUUGACAUGGUAACAAUGUGAGAGAACAUCUAAUACUGUACACGUAUUUUGCAAUGAAAACUCGCAAUAAGUAACAGUACAGUACUAAGAAUUUAAAAUGAUGAGAGCCAGUUUAUAAGGACAGUAAUGUACUUGGCAGUAAACAUUAUUUAGUACUUGGCUCAUUUCCAGAUGAUGGUGUACUGUACAUGAAUGUUUCUGAUGGCUUAUGACGUGCACUUAGCGUGGACACUCAAGAUGUACAUGUGUUGACACUUGGUGGAGUGAAGGCAUGGAGAUGAUGUUAUUAAUGAUCACACCAGAAAGUUCAUAGAAUUUUCUUGUAAAAUUCUUCUUGAGCUUUUUAGUUUUCAGUUAGUUAGAGUUAACCGUAGGCUUUAUGUAUUUAUUUACCGAGUCUUAUUAUUGGAGCAUAAUUUGCAACAGCAGGUGGUGCCAGGUUGCCCAUUCAUCCAUGUUCGGUGUUCAAACAGCAAUGAAAAAGUCGUGAUGUAUACUGUAUAUCUUACAUAUAUAUUACAAAAAAAUUCCUGCACAUACCACUGUAGAGAGUCAGGUGUAAACAGUGGAAGCCAGUGCUGUUGUAGCUCGCUGGUCAGAGAUCAUCACUGAUGAAGCACAGUUCACCCAUGCCUUCAUGUAACUAUUAAGUAGCUUACAAAUGCUUGAAAUGAUUAGUUGUUUUCAACAUGUUUGGGGCAUUUCUGAAAAGGAACUUAGGGUGCUUUUUAACCACAAUUUGUGAAGAUGACAUUAUGAAUUUGAUGCUGAAAUUUACACAGCAAGAAAUAAAAUGUAGUAAUUCAAGUGUUUAUUAUCCUGCUGUAAGUGUAGGAAAUAACACAUACUGUUAAUAAGAAGUGAGACUGCAGGCAAUCAUGAGAAACUUAAAAUCAGCAGCAGUGAUUAACACAGCCUAAGAAAUUACACCAUAAUUCACCUAAUAGUCAUGUAUUUUGAAAAAGUAAUAUGUGCAAAUUCAUUUUUGUCACAACUUGAUCUCAAGAUAUAAAGUGUGUCAGCAACACACAGUAGUAGAGUUUGCAUUUAUGUCAAUAAUUAGUUGAGAAAUGUUAUAACUAGUGCCACACUAUUUGUGCAGUCUUUGGAUAUACAAUAUAGCAAUUAAUGAAAUGUGUACUGUAGUUAACAAGUGUCUUGAGAAUUAUGCACGUGCCACUCUUACUGUAGAGUAGGCGAGUUGUAUAAUCACCUGGUGGCACCAAUGAUAUCCCUCUUACCAUGAGAGAGUUGUCUGUGGCUUAUUUUUCAUUAAGCAUAAUCUUUGUUUACAUCAAGCAUUAAAUUUUCUGUACUACUGAGGCAUUGUUGUAAUAAGCUCUCACUUAAAAACCAUUGUAAGCUGCUAAAUCUUACAUUAUGCUGCUUGUGCACAAAGGUAACAAUAUAAGAGCAUAUGAAUGUACAAUUGCUUGAAAACACAAGACAUAUUCAACCUCCUUUUGCAAGGCUUUGCUGGAACAGUGUCCACUUAAGACAGUUACCAACAUUUCUCAGUAUGUAUAUCUCUCUUUGACCCAUUGUUGGCUGCAUAUAGAAAAUAUUACACAAUACCCACCCUGGACUUUAACCUUUUUAUCCGAGAAUGCCAUCACGAGGUGCUACCACUACAACACCAGCCAUUAAAACUUAAACCAAACUUAUGGGGGCUGUAACACACUUGUCUCUCACUGCUCUGGUCCAGGAAUCAAGUCCCACAUAAAUCAGAUAUGAAUCAUGCAAGAAGGUUGUUGUUCAUUUUGAUCUUAGCGAUCAUUGUAAGUUUUAUCCAGGCACUCUGACAUCCUCCUGUACUAACAUAGUAAUAGUCUAAUCAACUAGUAAUCUGAUAAGAGGAGUAGGUGAUGAAAAAAAAAGACAACCAUUGCUCCUGCAGACAACAUGUUUAGUGUACUGUAUAAUGUAUAAGAUUUUUAAUGGUUAUAGACUGUAUUUGUACAUUGAAACAUGUGUAUGAGGGUAAUGGUCUCUGUCAUCUUCAGUAUGCUGGUGAUGUAAUACAGCCAUAUUGUCUUGGUCCAGUGUUCUAAGGCAGAGAGGUUACAACCCAAGACAUGGUAUUCUGUAGCACUAGAUAUACAGUAUACUCAUAAAAUUGUCUACCCAAUGAACUGGUAUAAAAAUGAAAGCAUCAGUAGUGUUUGUUAAAUUAUUGUCUAAGAUUGUGACACAGGUCAAUAAAUUGUCCUUAACAGUGACACCUCAGUAAGGGAUCAUCAGUGACCUGCAGGUUUUUUUUUUAUCAUUGUUUACAUUUUAUGUUAAUUUGGAUUUGGCUGUUGUGUCACUUGUGUAUUAUACAGUAAUUAUUGUAUGCAUCUGGUAAUUUUCUUUUGAUCUGUAAAUUAUGUGAUAAUGUCAAGUUAUAGUUCUUCUGAUGUUUAUUACAAUCCUUAAGAGUGUGAUUAAACUCCCAGUAAUAUGAACAUUAAAUUAAAGUGAUGAAGAUGAGUUCACUCCUUCAAGAAUGUUGGAUCAGCAACAGUGUACUGUACGCACAGUAAUGUUGAACACAGCUCCAUGUCAAAAUGGUCUUCAAGAACUUUGGAAGCCAAUAAAUUUUUAUAUAAUGGCAGAUACUUUUGAAUUCUGUAUUACUUAUAUGAUGUUAUUAAUAACUCACAUGCAGUACUGUAUGUAAUGUAUUAUAUGCCACCUAGAACCAAAGUGAGAAUUGCACAGCUUAUGUGAAUCAGUGUUGUGCUAUCAGUCCAUUCCAUAAUAUGUUGUGCUGGCAUUCAUAUCAAGUUCUGCCCUAAAGACAAUAAUAAAGAAAGUCAUAUCACACAUUUAAAAGGUGACUUGUGUGGAGACGAGGACCGACAGCCUUUAAUGAUGAAAUGUGACUCCUGGAUCAUUUUCUAGGUUGACUCAAAUGCCUUUAUUAAUGUCGUCUCUUUGUCCAGCUCUCCAUAACGUGCCCUUUCCUAACUACCAGUUUCCUAGUUAGUUUUUUCAGCCUCUAAUACAGUACCACAGUCAUUGCUUGUUUACCAUGUACCAGAGUUGCUAAAUAAACAUCACUUUUGGAUUA